AUUUUUUCAAAAUUAUAAUUUUAUCCUUUAACAAAAUUACCAUCUCACCCACAUUCACUCCUCAAAUCUCUUGAAUACCCAUUCUAGCCCUAGAUUUCUCUUAUCUCUUCCUCCGAGUUCUGAUUGACUUAGCCAUGAGAACAUCCUUCCCUUUCCUCACUUUCUCAAUCUUCUUCUUCUUCACCUUUGUUCUCCAUUUCCAAGCUCAUGCUGUUCCUUCAGGACCUUUGAUAAAACACUUGUCUUCUCUUCUCAAAUGGACAAGGUCUUCCUCCAAAAUCCCCCAGUCAGGCAAGUCCAAAAUCAUAAUUUAUGAUUUCUAUUAUGUUUAUACACAAAUCUAUGCAUUGGUUUUAUGUGUUUUUGUUUUUAACCCAGAUGGAAAUGUUCUUCAAUUUGAGAAUGGGUACCUUGUUGAAACUGUUGUGAAGGGAAAUGAACUUGGAGUUGUGAAUGGGUACCUUUUUGCUAUCGAAUCGGUUAAUAGCAAUAUUGUCCGGAUUACUCUGCCAUUAUCCCAAUGUAAGCUUGUUCUUCCUCUGUUUUCUCUUGCUAUAUGCGCGAAUUGAUUAACAAAAUGGGUUUGACAAUUUCACCAAAAGUACAACUCCGCAUGUGAGGGUUCCGAAAGGUAAUACAACUAAGGCGUCUCAUGGUCCUCCUCCAUCUCAUAAGCAGAAACACCGAACCUUCUGGACAGUGUGCCAUAGAUGUAAAAUGCAGUAUGAGUAUCUCAGAAUGUAUCUCAAUCAUAAUCUUCUCUAUCCCAAUUGUCAUGAACCAUUUUUCGCAAUAGAAACUGCUCCACCGUCCUCAAUAGGUUAUAAAGCAUCCACCCAAUCAAACCAUUCCCAACAGCAACAGAACUCGAAUCAUCAGGGUGCAAGCAAAAAUGUACAUACUGCAGGAAGAAACAACUAAAGGAGAGGGCAAGCAAAAAUGUACAUACUGCAGGAAGAAACAACUAAAGGAGAGGAUGUGUACAGAGAAGGUGAGGAUAUAUUUGGAAUGUGAAGUCUGUGGGCUGAGAUAAAAAAGUAAAAAUUAAAUUACUAAAUGUGUGGAUUGAAAAAAGAUAUACAUAGAGAUAAUUUGGUGUAUGAAAAUAGAAUUUCCCCGUUUCCUAGCUUUAGUGUGGGAGUUUUUUUGUCCAAGAAUAACCUCCACAAAUUUAGAGAACUUGAACUACGAAAUAUUUUUCCUUUGUCCUUUUUAACAAGGGAGCUCUAACUAAAAAUCCUGGUAUUUUAAAAAAUUAGAAACUUUAUGAAAAAUAGUUUGAAACUUUCAAAGACAAAGACCUUUUA